CUCCAAUUCUUACAGACAUCUUUUUCUUCUCUCCCCAGUGUCUUCUAUUAAUCCACCAACAAACAAACCCUUCUGUCUCUUACCAUUUCUUUGCAUCCUUUGUUUCUCUCACUAGCUCUUCCGUUUUUUUCUCUCUGCUGUCGCCGCCGCCGUUAUUUUCGGCGGCGAUUAUCUAUCUCCGGCGUCCUUUCGCCUUUACCCAUCAACCCUUCCCUCUCCUCUCUUUAUUUCUCUCUUUAAAAAAUUAAAAAACGAAAAAAUUUCAUCGAAAUUCCCUCAAGAAAAGCUCUUUUAACGAUUUCUAGUUUUUAUAGUGAAUCGAUUUGCUUAUUGUUCAAUAAUCAGAGGAGAGGGAAGUGGGUUUUAUCUAAAUCUAAAAAAGAAAAAAAAUCUGAAAAUUUCGAAAACCAAAAAACCCUAAUUUAUUUUCCCCGUAUUUUAAGGUUUUAGGGUUUUUUCUGGAGCAAAAAAAUGUCUCAAGUCCAGCUUCAGUUGAAUGGCGCUGUUCCACCUGUUUCCACCGCGGCUGUAGGUGGUGGAGCCCCUAACAAUGCUGGGGUUGUUACGACAUCGUUGUAUGUCGGAGAUUUGGAGACGAAUGUGACUGAUUCACAUUUGUUUGAUUUGUUUAGUGGCAUCGGUCAUGUUGUUUCGGUUCGGGUAUGUAGGGAUUUGAGUACCCGCCGGUCACUUGGAUAUGGGUAUGUCAAUUAUGCGAACCCACAAGAUGCUGCAAGAGCUAUUGAUCUCCUGAACUUUACUCCUCUGAUCAACAAGCCAAUCAGGAUUAUGUACUCUCAUCGCGAUCCUAGUAUCCGUAAAAGCGGAGCUGGAAAUAUCUUUAUCAAGAAUUUGGACAAGGCAAUUGACAACAAGGCACUGCAUGAAACAUUUUCUACUUUUGGGACUAUACUCUCUUGCAAGGUUGCUACUGAUGCAUCUGGACUGUCGAAAGGACAUGGUUUUGUGCAGUUUGAGAGUGAGGAGUCUGCCCAAAAAGCAAUUGAGAAGCUGAAUGGAAUGCUGUUGAAUGACAAACAAGUUUAUGUUGGGCCUUUUCAGCGUAGACAAGAAAGAGAUAAUGCAAUUGACAAAACGAAGUUCACAAAUGUGUAUGUGAAGAAUCUUGCUGAAGCAACAUCAGAUGAUGAUUUGGACAGAAUUUUUAGUCAAUAUGGAAAAAUUACUAGUGCUGUUGUGAUGCGUGAUGUAGAUGGGAAAUCAAAAGGCUUUGGAUUUGUCAACUUUGAAAAUUCUGAUGAUGCUGCCAAUGCUGUGGACACUUUGAAUGGGCAGGUGAUUGAAGGGAAGGAAUGGUAUGUUGGUAAGGCUCAGAAGAAAGCCGAAAGGGAAGCUGAGCUGAAGCAACAAUUUGAUCAGAGUAUGAAAGAGAUGGUAGACCAAUACCAGGGAAAAAACCUCUAUAUAAAAAACUUAGAUGAUACUAUUGAUGAUGAGAAACUUAAAGAAUUGUUUGCUCAGUAUGGUACAAUUACUUCAUGCAAGGUUAUGCGAGACCCUAGUGGUGUAAGCAAAGGUUCUGGCUUUGUUGCAUUUUCAACCGCUGAGGAGGCAUCUCGAGCUUUAUUGGAGAUGAAUGGGAAGAUGAUUGUUAGCAAGCCACUGUAUGUUGCUCUUGCGCAACGUAAAGAAGACAGAAGGGCCAGGCUGCAGGCUCAAUUCUCUCAAAUGCGUCCUGUUGCAAUGACGCCAUCUGUUGGUCCUAGGAUGCCAAUGUAUCCUCCUGGUGGUCCUGGGAUUGGGCAACAAAUAUAUUAUGGGCAAGGACCACCAGCUAUGAUUCCUCCCCAGCCCUUUGGAUAUCAGCACCAACUCAUGCCUGGUAUAAGAGGUGGUGGUCCAGUGCCAAAUUUCUAUAUGCCCAUGGUUCAACAAGGGCAGCAAGGGCAACGUCCUGGUGGGAGGCGUGGAGGCGGGGGUCCAGUCCAGCAGCCACAGCAGCCUAUGCCUAUGAUGCCACAACAGAUGAUGCCAAGGGGUCGUUAUCGUUAUCCCUCCGCACGUGCACUGCCAGAUGCUCCUAUGCCAGGUGUCACUGGAGGUGUGCUCCCUGGUGUUCAAUAUGAUAUGGGUGGCAUGUCGAUUCGGGAUGCUGCAUUGCCUCCUACUCCUGUUGGUACAUUGGCAACCCUGCUGGCUAAUGCUACUCCUGAGCACCAGAGGCUUCUGUUGGGAGAGAACCUGUAUCCAUUGGUGGAGCAACUGGAGCCGGAAAUGGCAGCUAAAGUAACUGGAAUGUUGCUGGAGAUGGAUCAGACUGAAGUCCUGCACUUACUAGAGUCUCCCGAUGCACUCAAGGCCAAGGUUGCCGAGGCAAUGGAAGUCCUGAGGAACGUUGCUCAGCAACAGCAGUCCAGCAACCCAGCUGAUCAGCUUGCUGCUUUGUCGCUGAAUGACAACAUAUCUUAAGGGGUAAUGACCCAUGGUACUGAAACUAAAACCAGAACGGAUUGCGUUUUGGGGAUUUUGAUAAACUUCAGGUGUGUUUUGAAUUGCGGAUUUCUGGUUCUUGAUUACAUCUUAGGGUUCUCAAGAUGUAGUUUGUUUUAACUCUUGCUUUUUUGUUUAGUACUGAUGUUCAUGCUUUGGGUUGGAUGCUGAAAAAAACUGCUGUUUUUUAAUUUAUGUUUCAAGUUGACUGUCA